UUCCCAGCCACCGCGAGCACGAGCGCAACGGCCGCUCGAGGGGCGAGUACAAUCGACUGCAGCUCAUUGACGACGAGCAGGCGUUCUCGUAAGUAUCCCACAGGGCGAAUGCCGAUGAGUGGUUUCCUGUCAUCAACAGAGAUAGGCAACCGUAACUCGAGGCAGGUACUAAGCGUGUUCUCUUAAUUUUUCCCACCACCAUUGUUUUCUAGGGACAAGUUGGAGCCCUAUAUGAACAAGAAGUGGAGCCUGUGUGAUGCUGGCUUCGACUACAAUGUAGUUGCAGUGUUCGGGUCGCAGAGCACUGGAAAGAGUACGUUGCUGAACCGUCUGUUUGGCACAAAGUUUGACGUGAUGGAUGAGCACCAGAGGCAGCAGACAACACGCGGCAUCUGGGCGGACCGUGGUGUAGAUAUGAAUGUACUGAUUCUGGAUGUGGAGGGCACCGACGGGCGUGAGCGCGGCGAGAACCAAGACUUUGAGCGCAAGAGUGCGCUGUUUUCCUUGGCAGUGUCAGAGGUGCUGAUUGUAAACAUGUGGGAGAACAUGGUCGGGCUGUACAACGGCGCCAACAUGGGCUUGCUCAAGACGGUUCUCGAGGUUAAUCUGCAGCUGUUUGGCGGGAACCGCGAGAACAAGACUCUGCUCUAUUUUGUGAUCCGCGAUCAUGUAAGCCCAACUCCGCUGGAGAACCUAGCUGGCACUCUGCACAGCGAUCUGGAGCGGAUCUGGGCCAGCGUCAACAAGCCUAGCGAGCUGCAAAAUGCGCGACUGACGGACUACUUUGAUUUGAAGUUCACGUCGCUCCCGCACAAGCUCCUGCAGCCCGAGAACUUUGAGCGUGAAGCGCUGGAGCUGCGCAGCCAGUUUACAGACCGGCGGUCCAAGGAAUAUGUGUUCAAGCCCAGCUACAAGCGCCGUGUGCCGGCCGACGGGUUCCCGCACUAUGCAGAGGCUGUGUGGGACAAGGUGGUCAGCAAUAAGGACCUGGAUCUGCCGACACAGCAGGAACUGCUGGCACAGUACCGGUGCGAUGAGAUUGCGCAGGCGGCACUAGUUCCGUUCCGCAAGGCUAUUGACGAGAUGCGGCCGCUGGUGCAGGAGGGAGAUAUCGUUCCCGAUCUUGGCCAGGUGUCACAGCAGGCACGCGACACUGCUAUCGAAAUGUUCGACUCACAAGCAGCGCGGUACCACAAGGAGGUGUAUCGCAAGAAGCGCGAGGCGUUUGUACAGCUGCUUGACGGCGAGCUGCACGCAGUAUUUGUCAACCAGGUCAAGAAUGCCCUGGCGUUGGCCACAGAAAAGUUCGCCAACGAGAGCCACAAGCGCCUCGAGGAGGCCGCAGCAGCGGAGACCGAGUACAGCUUCGGCGAGGUUGUUGGCAAGGUGCGCCGGCAUGUGACGGAGUCAUUCCGCAUGAUUGUCAACGAGCUGGUGAUCCCCGGCGGCUCAUGGACGUUUGGGUCCGAGCUCAAGCAGCUCGAGACCACGCUGGAUGCGACCACAGCCAAGCUUAGACUGGCAGAGAUGGACCGUGCACUGGCCAAGCUGCGGCGCACCGCCAAGGACACGCUGGGCGAGCUGAUCGAGGACGUACUUAACAACCCCGAUGCACAGAUGUGGAGCAAGAUCAUUGAGGGCUUCGAGACCACGAACCGCGAUGCCGAAGACGCGCUGCAGGUGCGGAUCACCAACGCAGAAAUCACCAGUGAGGAGGCACAGGUCGGAUUCCUGCGCAAGCUGCACACUGGUCUGUGGGAGGACCUGGUCGACGUCUUGAAGGAGGAGGUAGCAGACCAGAUGGUGCUGUUGAAGCUGCGCAAUGCGCUUGAGGAUAAGUUCCGGUACGAUGAGGCCGGCCUUCCACGCGUGUGGAAGCCCUCAGAUGAUAUUGACUCGCAGUUUGCCGUUGCGCGCGAGUCAGCACAGUCGCUGCUGCCAAUGUUCAGCAAGAUCGUUGUCAGCAACGACUGUGUUGUGCGCCGACCUGGGUACUUUGCGCCCAACUUCGAGCUGGACCGCUCGCUGGUCCUGAUCUCAGGUGCGCGCCUGCGUGAGCUGGGCAAGCGGUUUGGCCGCGAGGCGGAUGCACUGUACCUGGAGGCCAAGCGCGCGAUGGUGUCGACGCAGAACCAUGUGCCGCUGUGGGUGAUGGCGCUGCUGGUGGUGCUGGGAUGGAAUGAGGCGAUGACGAUUUUGUUCAACCCAAUCUACCUUGUUUUGACGGCGUUGCUGGGCGGAGUUGCCUUCAUCGUCCACAACCUGAGAUUGUGGGGGCCUGUGAUCCGGGCCGCGAAUGGCCUGACGACGAUGGCCAACGACAAGGUCCAUGAAAUCUUGGUCGAGGCCGUGAACCGCACCGAGCCACCAGUGGCAAGUGGCAGCCGCCAGAGAUCGUCGGCCAAGCGGAAGGUGAAGCGAUCCGCCUCUGCAUCUGCAUCGGAGGAAAUCGAGCUGGAGCCGCUUGGCAGUGCGAUGCCCAGCCCUGACACGGACGAGAUGGUGUACUGAAGAGAGCCUUAGAACGACUAUUUUUACUUUGAACCCCAGCCCGAAAGAAAACAAAAAUCGUCCCAUGCUAGCACCAGCGUGUCUUCGAUGAUAAGAGUGCUUGUACCUGGUCUUUGCGGAACUCGGGCCGUGCUGGCGGCACUGAGGAGCCAGUCAGGAGCCAGCCAGGAGCCAGUGG